UAGGAAUACAUUUAUUUUUACACUUUACAAAGUGUAUAUAUUGCACUGUGCAUUGUCUAGAGCAUUGUGUUCCACGUAAAAGCAACAUCACACAGGCUGCAGCAAUGGCUCCCAAGAAGGCAAAGAAGAAAAUAGAGGGAGCAAACUCCAAUGUGUUCUCUAUGUUUGAUCAGUCACAGAUUCAGGAAUUUAAGGAGGCUUUCACAAUAAUGGAUCAAAACAGGGAUGGAUUCAUUGAUAAGGGAGACCUCAGGGACACAUUUGCUGCUCUGGGCCGCCUGAAUGUAAAAAAUGAAGAACUAGAUGACAUGAUUAAAGAGUCUGCUGCACCAAUUAACUUUACAGUUUUUCUUACCAUGUUUGGUGAAAAGCUGAAGGGUACAGAUCCAGAAGAGUCAAUCUUAAAUGCGUUCAAAAUAUUUGAUCCUGAAGGCAAGGGUGUUUUGAGAAAGGAUUACAUUGAGGAAAUGCUGAUGACUCAGGCUGAAAGGUUUACCAAGGAAGAGGUUGAUCAGAUGUUCACAGCUUUCCCUCCAGAUGUGUCAGGUAACCUGGAUUAUAAGAAUCUGGUACACAUCAUCACCCAUGGAGAAGAGAAAGACCAAGAAUAAAUCAUUCUUUGUUAUCUUCAUGUUCGUCUGCACCUUUCUUGUUUUUAUUCUUUUUUGAAUAAAUUGCAACUUAGUUAUUUUUCA